AUGGUGAAUGUUUUCAACGUUCAAAUUUUUUUUAUUGUUUUCAGAGAGUGCUUGGAAGCAGUUGUUGUUGUUUCUGUCUUGUUAGCAUUUUUGAAACAAGGUAUCGGUAAAGCUACAGAUGAUCCGAAGGUGUACAAGAAAUUGCGGAACCAAGUUUGGUAUGGUGCCGCGUUGGGUGUCAUUAUUUGUCUUAUAAUCGGUGCCAUUUUUAUCGCCUUGUUUUACACAUUGGGUAAUGAUAUCUGGUCGUCAUCUGAGGACUUAUGGGAAGGUAUCUUUUGUAUAAUUGCCACUGUUUUGAUUUCAUUGAUGGGUAUUGCUAUGUUGCGUAUUAACAAGAUGAAGGAGAAAUGGAGAGUCAAGUUGGCACAGGCAUUGACUAAAGUCCCGGACAAGAAGAAGGAUAGAUUCAAGAUUGGAUAUUUGACUAAAAAGUACUGUAUGUUCAUCUUGCCAUGCAUUACUUGUCUUAGAGAAGGUUUGGAAGCUAUUGUCUUCGUUGGUGGUGUUGGUUUGAACUCACCAGCCACUGCUUUUCCCAUACCUGUCAUUUGUGGAUUGAUUGCCGGUAUUGCUGUUGGUACAAUUUUGUACUAUUCUGGAUCAACUGUUUCAUUGCAAGUGUUUUUGAUCAUCUCAACCGGUAUAUUGUACUUGAUUGCAGGCGGUUUGUUUUCCAGAGGCAUUUGGUACUUUGAGUCUCACGUUUUCAACAAUCAGACUGGUGGUGAUGCUUCUGAAAAUGGGUCCGGCCCUGGGACUUAUGAUAUUGCCAAGUCAGUUUGGCAUGUCAACUGUUGUAACCCAGAAAUUGACAAUGGUUGGGACGUGUUCAAUGCGCUUUUGGGUUGGCAAAACUCCGCCACUUAUGGGUCGGUCAUUUCUUACAAUAUGUACUGGCUUGCAGUUAUUGUCACUUUGAUGUUGAUGCUUUACGAAGAGAAGUACGGACACUUGCCACUCUUGAAGGGAGUUACAUUGCGGUCAUUGAACCCAAUGUACCAUAUAAAGAACAAGAAGCAACACGAAUUGAAUGAGCAACAAAAACAACAACUUUUUGCUCAAUUAAAGAGCACAAGAUUUGGUGUUGAUGAUGAAGCUGAUGAAGAGGGAAAUGCUGUUGCAAGUACAGGGGACUCUGAUGACGUUGAUGAAAUCAAAAAUGAAACAAUUAGUGUAAGUGGAGAAAAGGGAGAACACAAAGUUAGUCAAGCUAUUUAG